AUGGCUGGAUCUGGAGGUGCUGAAGUGAGGACCCCGAUCUUCUCCGGUGAGAACUACGAGUUCUGGAGAAUCAAAAUGGUUACCAUUUUCAAGUCACAUGGACUAUGGAAUCUGGUGGAAAAAGGGAUUUCGGUUCUCGAUUCGAAGAAGAAGAAAGCUAAGACUGAUGAAGAUACAGAUGUUGAUGCUGACGAUGAUGAGAAAAUGGCUGCAAUCUUCAUGAAAGAUGCAAAAGCUCUCGGAAUCAUUCAAGCGCAGUCUCCGACCAGAUCUUCCCUCGAAUCGCAAACGCAGACUCAGCAAAAAUGGCAUGGGAUCUGUUACAUGGUGAAUAUCACGGUGGGGAUCAGAAUGCGUGAUGAUGAAUCCUUGACUGGGUAUCUUACUCGUUUGAAUGAUCUGAUUAAUCAAAUGAAAACGUUUGGUGAAACUUUGUCAAAUGAGAGAUUAGUUCAGAAGGUGUUAAUCAGUCUCACUAAGAUAUAUGAUCCUAUAUGCUUAGUGAUAGAAAACACCAAAUGUCUAGAAUCUGUUGAACUGCAAGAGGUCCUAGCUAUAUUGAAGAGUCAAGAGCAGAGGUUUGAUUUGCAUUCCUCAGAUGCAACUGAGAAAGCAUUUUCUUCUCUUACUGUUAAUUCAAAAGGGCAGAAUCGAAGUUAUGCUCAGUCUAGUAAUUUUAAACCACAGAGAAAUUGGAAUCAAAAGGGUAAGAAGUGGGAUUCAAAACCAAAGUUUCAGCAAAAAUCAUUCACAAAUGUUGCACAGAAUAAUGCUUCCUCACAGGUUAUGAGUCAAGAGGGUACCAAACCACAGUGUAGAGUGUGUUCUAAGUUUCAUUUUGGUGAAUGUAGAUAUAAAGGGAAGCCCAAAUGUUAUAACUGUGAUAAGUUUGGUCAUUGGGCUAGAGAAUGCACUAUAGGGAAGAUUAUGCAAAAGGCAAAUUCUGCAAAUCAGGUGGAAGUGACAGGGAAUCUGUUCUAUGCUAAUAGUGCAAUUUCAGAGAAAAAUGUCAAUGGAAAUUGGUACAAUUGA